AUGGCCUGGCUUAGCGGGUCGACGACCAACAGCGGUCUGAUCAACAACCUGGUCUCGAACAAUCUGAUUCGCUCUCCCAUCGUCAAAGAAGCGAUGCUCAAGACGGAUCGUCUUCACUACAUGCCUCGAACCUCUUCGGGCAGCCUAAGCAAGUCGAACGCGUCUCACCGAGAGGCCUACGACGACUCUCCCCAAAGAAUCGGACACGGAGCAACGAUAAGCGCACCUCAUAUGCAUGCUUUGCUUGCAGAUCUGCUCGUCCCUUUUCUCAAUCCAGCCGCUGCCGAUCGUGCUCCUGCCGGUCUGGAAGCGACAGCCAAGGACAAGACGCCCACCUCGCUCGGCACGGGAUGCGGCAAGGUGCUGGAUAUUGGCUCAGGAUCUGGCUACCUUCUCAGCGUCCUCUUCCGAGCUGGCGCUUCCCAAGCAAUAGGCGUGGAGCAUAUCUCCGAGCUCGUCGACAUUUCAAAGGCGAACAUCCGUAGGGAUGGACUGGCUGAUGAUCUGGACAGGUCAACCGUACAAGUCCACUGCGGCGACGGCAGAUUAGGCUAUCCCGCUCUAGGCCCGUACUCGGCCAUCCACGUAGGCGCAGCAGCAGACGGUGAUGUGCCUCAACCCUUGCUGGACCAGCUCGCUUCGCCAGGCCGCAUCGUGUGUCCGGUACAGAAUCUGAGCGGCGACCAGCAGAUCAUCCAGAUCACUCGCGACGAAGAUGGAAACAUGACAAGAGAAGCGCUCAUGGGCGUCCGAUAUGUUCCGCUAUGCGACGAACAGAGCCAACGAGGAUACUGA